GGAAGGACAGAAAAGAUAAUGCACAAGUUGUUGCUUUUCAUUGGUUUCUUAACCAAAAUCCCAAAACGACAGAGUACUUACCGUAUCAUCAUCGCUGUCGUCGCCACCUUUAUCUAGCCGAUAAUAUUUACAGCAUUUUCUUUUCUCAUUGCUUCCAAGUACUAAUAGAAAACUAAAUAAUAAUAAUUCAGUUCUACAGAGACCCACAUACAUACAUGGAGAUCAGGCCUGGUUUAUCAGCUUUGAUCACUGGUGCUGCUUCUGGGAUUGGGAAAGCACUUAGUUUAGCUCUUGGAGAAAAGGGGGUAUUUGUGACAGUGGUUGAUUUCUCUGAAGAAAAGGGAAAGGAAGUUGCAUCACUUGUUCAGAAACAGAAUGCUAAGUUCCAUCCCAAGUUGGAAUUUCCUACUGCCUUGUUUAUAAGAUGCGAUGUGACAAACACAAGAGAUUUAGCUGCUGCUUUUGAUAAGCAUGUAGCUACAUAUGGAGGACUGGAUAUCUGUAUCAAUAGUGCUGGUAUAGGCACUUCUAUACCAUUCCAUCAAGAUCAAACUGAUGGCACUCGUUCAUGGAGGCGUACCAUUGAUGUUAACCUGGUUUCAGUAAUUGAUUGCACUCGCCUUGCGAUAAAUGCCAUGAAAGCUGCACAAAAGCCUGGAGUCAUUAUAAACUUGGGUUCUGCUUCAGGUCUUUAUCCAAUGUUUAAUGACCCUAUCUAUGCUGCGUCUAAAGGCGGUGUAAUUAUGUUUACUAGAUCACUAGUCCCAUACAAACGCCAAGGUAUUCGCAUUAAUGUGCUUUGUCCUGAGUUUGUUGAAACUGAGAUGGGAUCAAAAGUGUCUGCUAAAUUCAUUGAUAUGAUGGGAGGCUUUGUUCCAAUGCAAAUGGUGAUCAAAGGUGCUUUUGAGCUUAUUAGCAAUGAGAAUAGUGCUGGGUCUUGCCUGUGGAUUACAAAUCGCAGAGGCAUGGAAUUUUGGCCCACUCCUGCAGAAGAAGCCAAAUACUUGUUGAGUUCUUCAGGUUCCAGUAAAAGGGUGUCAUCUGCAGUGCCAGUAAAUUUACAGCUGCCUAAUAGCUAUGAGAAAAUAGUUGUCCAUACCUUAAGUCACAAUUUCCGCAGUGCUACCAGCAUUGUGCGUGCACCACUGCGUUUACCCAUUGGACCAAAUCAAGUUCUGUUAAAAGUUGUUUAUGCUGGUGUAAAUGCAAGUGAUGUAAACUUCAGCUCAGGACGGUAUUUCAGUGGCAACAACAAGGACAUUGCUUCCCGUCUGCCAUUUGAUGCUGGUUUCGAGUUAGUGGGAAUAAUCGCAGCAUUGGGUGAAUCCGUUCGUGACUUAAAAGUUGGCACUCCUGCUGCAAUUAUGACUUUUGGGAGUUAUGCUGAGUUUACAGUGGUUCCUGCAAAACAUAUCCUUCCUGUCCCAAGACUAGAUCCUGAAGUUGUUGCCAUGCUUACUUCAGGAUUAACAGCAUCAAUUGCUCUAGAAAAGGCUGCACAGAUGGAAUCUGGAAAACUAGUUCUUGUUACUGCAGCUGCAGGAGGGACUGGGCAAUUUGCUGUCCAGCUUGCAAAGUUGGCAGGGAACACAGUAGUUGCAACCUGUGGAGGUAAAGAAAAGGCAAUGGUCUUGAAAGAAUUGGGAGUUCACCGAGUCAUAGACUAUAAAGCUGAAAACAUCAAAACUGUUCUAAAGAAGGAAUUUCCUAAAGGUAUUGAUAUCAUCUACGAAUCUGUUGGUGGUGACAUGUUUGACUUGUGUCUGAAUGCUUUAGCAGUGCAUGGACGACUUAUUGUGAUUGGAAUGAUUUCACAGUAUCAAGGAGAACAUGGAUGGAAGCCAUCAAAUUAUACUGGCCUGUGUGAGAAGAUUUUAGCAAAAAGCCAAACUGUGGCUGGUUUUUUCCUAAUUCAGUAUGCUGAUUUAUGGCAACAGCAUCUGAACAAACUAUUUGAUCUUUUCUCUGCAGGAAAGCUUAAGAUUUCCAUAGACCCGAAAAGAUUUGUCGGUGUACACUCUGUUGCAGAUGCUGUCGAGUAUCUUCACUCGGGUAAAAGUGUUGGCAAGGUGGUUGUCUGCAUUGAUCCAACCUUCAGCGAGCACAUGGCAAAAUUAUGAGCAGUCUGUUGUGAAUGACCAACCUUUCUUGACAUGGUUGCUAAUGUGUUCUGUAACAAAUAAAUUCAUGCAUUGGGAAAAGACUCAGUUCCAUUCCAUCUUCUUUUGCAGCUGGUCCAAGAGGGGUUGUCAAAGUUCUGCAAAUCAAUCGAAACAGAAAAUUCAUUCAUUAAAAAGAUAAAGAUAUAUAGAAGGAGGAAAAGAAAUGAAAAGAAACAUGAAACAUGCUAUUUCUUAUGUGAUCGUAUAAAUCCUUACCUGAACUAAUCUAAACAAGAAGCUCAGUGCAGUUGGGUGGUUCUCUUGCUAA